CCCGCUGUCCUGCCAGAUGACUCGGUGCCCGCUGUCGAGCUUGAUGACUCGGUGCCCGCUGUUGUGCCAGAUGACUCGGUGCCCGCUGUCGUACCAGAAGACUCGGUGCCCGCUGUCGUGCCAGGUGACUCGGUGCCCGCUGUCGAGCUUGGUGACCCGGUGCCCGCUGUUCUUCCCGAUGACUCGGUGCCCGCUGCCUCAUCUGAUGGCCCGGUGCCCGUUGCCUCGCCUGAUGGCCCGGUGCCCGCUGCUCCGCCUGAUGGCCGGUGCCUGCUGCCCAGCCUGAUGUGCCUCUGCCUGCUGCCCAGCCUGAU